AACUGAUGGGACAUAUUUGCCAUCCCAGCUUUCCAAAACUGCUUCAAUAUUACCACCAUGACACAUCAUCUAUGUUGGUGUGGGAGCCAACUGAAGUGUCAGUCGAUCACAUUCUAGCCUCCAGCUGCUCGAUCACCGCUGAUGAGAUUGUUAGCAUUGUCAGACCGGUACUAGAAGGCAUUCAAUAUCUACGCGAGCUCGGAAGAGCACUCGCUACCCUGGGCCCGGAUACGAUCCUGCUUACACAGUCUGGUGAUGUUAAGAUUAGGGGCGCUGAGAGUAGCUGUCAAAUCAGUCAGUCGGAAAUGAAUUCCGCCACGAUGAAGUUAUGCGCUCUGGCCGAUAUCGUCACCAAGUUGAUGUUAAAGAAUCGUACCUACGUGUGGGAACAGGAGAUCCAAAAUUUACCUCGGCAGCUGGAAAGUGUCUCCAUUGAGGAACUAUUG